UUAGCUUUUUUGGUUUUGAAUGUCCAUAGAAUUAGUCUAGGGUUAACCUAAUCAUGUACCCAGAGGAUUGACUACCAAUCUUGAUGGGAUUAGACCAACACGUCAUAUCCGGAGGGUGGGAGCUGAGCACGUCCCUUCUGCUUAGGGCCAUAACCUGUUGACGUAAUCAGCAUGUGGGUUUGUUUACUUUGAUGACAUCACUGAUCAAAAGUGCUGAUAAUUUUCAUUAAAAAAGGUAUACACUACUUCUACUUACGUCACAACAUAUCACAUGAUGUUGCAAGUUUGACACCCCUGUCCUACAUCCUUCCUCACAUUAUCUUAGCAUUUUCUCUUGUAAGCUAAGAUCUGCCACAGUGUGGCUCACCUAUCACAGGCAACUGCAACACUGGUUUGGUUACAAGGAUAUGUAUGCAUGCAUGAGGGAAGUGGGGGUGCUAAGUGUUUCUGAUUGGCUGUAAGUGCUAUUUCAAAGUUCAGAGAGUAGCCCCAAGUUUGCUCCAUCAUAGCAUAGCUAUGCUAUAGUAUGCGCUCUUUGUGCCACAGCAAAAGAUCUAAGCCUUGCCAGGUCAAAGGCACUAAAGAGCUACGCCAAGAGUCAAAUAGCUGGAAGGGAAGGACACUGAGAGACUAAAACCCGUGUGAGUUGUGUACCCACUAGGUAAAAACAGUGAGUUGCAAUUCAAUGAAUGUGCAAACCCACCAUCAAGCAGUUCAGCAUGUUCUGUGAGCCCAGAAAAUUGUCUUAGAAGAUUAAAGCUUUAUGAUUAAUUCUGACAUGUCGAGUGAAUUGUACAGUGGCUGAAAACAAUUCUUUGCUACCACAAGGAAAGCCAUGUCCAAAUGAGAAGGGUAACUUAGUCCAUCUGCUUAGGUAAUGAGUAAAUCUGUCUGUGAUGUGUCUGAAUCUCCCUCACGUAUAAGCCAAUGUACUGCAACUGGAGUUAAGCUUUCCAAUCCCUGCAAUCCCUCCUGAAGAGUAACUGUACUUGAUACAAGCUUGAAAGAAGUUAUUUUGUCACUUAGUUUUACUUACAAGUAAAACAGAAAAGGAGAAAUUGGGAUCUCACAUCUAAGACUUUGUCCAGCUGUUGUGCUUUACGAAGUAUAAAUUAUAAUUUAUAAUACAUUUAUAAAUACAAUUUAUAAUACAAUUAUAAAUCAAAUUCUCGGAUCUUGUAAUAACUUGUGCUAUAAGGUCAGUUCAAGGCAACCUGGGCUGAAGGGGGGGUACCUUUUGGCCAGGGGCAGGUCCCAUUUUCACAUGGCCCUGCAAAGAAACUGGUAGAGCAGCAGAUGCUCAGCGCUAAAUGUAGCAGCCUCAGGACAAUCUUUCUUGGACAACAUUGACCCUGGAUGAUCUUUGGCAGCCUUAUGUGCUGCCCUAGAUUUGAGGCAGAAUCGAGGGGGCAGUUGGGAAAAUACAGGCACAUGUUCUCCCCAGAAAGAUAGAAGAGUGCAGAUCUUUUGACCACCCAAGCUGGGAAAAGCUCUUCAGUCUCUGCUCAGCAACUUCCUCUUCCCAGCCUCCCAGCUCUCAACUGGAGCCUCGUUGGGAUUUAAAACGUGGCUACAGCAAGAUCCCAACGAAUUGCUUCAUAGGGAUGUGCUCAUGGCUGGCAGAUUCUGGGCGAGGGAGAAGCAGCAAAGGGGCUCGCUGGCUUUGAAGGGGAGUUCCUGCAAAGUCCGGGACAGAAGUGCUGCGGUGGGGGAAGCGAGGGGCCUUUGGAUGGCCACAGCUUUCCUUCCGGCCCGACCAGGCUCGUCCCUCCGGGUUGCUUUGGCUUGACGGUCCCGGCUGGUUCUGAAGUCAGCAAUCAAAAGGGAGGCCGUGGUGGCCGCCGUGAAAAGCCCCGCAGAUAUUCCUGCUUCGGGUAAGCUGCAGCCGAAGCCGCCGCUGUGCCGACCAUUGCGGCAGAAGAGCGUUGGCACCGAGCCGCGGGCUCCAGCCUCACUCAGGACGGCCUCCGCUUAGCCAAGCCGGGCACCGGGCGCUGGGCUUUUCCCCCGUGGGCUCCGCUGAAGCCACCGGAUGCCCCUCCGGGCUGCUCGCGGUGGCUGCAGGCUUGCCAUGCAUAAAAGGACUUGUGUUCUAGCACUCUGGCUCUGCUUUUGGUUCAACCACAUUGGAAGCUUCUCAGCUCAUCUUCACCAUCACACUGAGCUGCAGCCACAUCUUUGGGUGUUUCAGGUUCUCCCCUCCCGAGAUGGACUCCUGCCUGAUCCAGGUGAACAGCAACACCUCCCUGCCCUCCAUCCUAGAUGUCCAUGUCAACCUUAAUGGGAAAAGCCCUUCUUUGCCCAAGGGAAAAGGCCGCAAGCCCCACUGGGCGGUCAAGGCUUCAGAAAUGUCUAGAAGGACUUUCAAUCCCAUUCGAGCCAUUGUGGAUGCCAUGAAAGUGGAACCCAACCCCAGAAAAGCUCUGAUAUCUUUGUCCAUAGGAGAUCCAACUGUCUUUGGAAACCUUCCUACAGAUGAUGAAGUCACACAGGCCAUGAAAGAAGCACUGGACUCUGGAAAAUACAAUGGCUAUGCCCCAUCUGUGGGUUACCUAUCUUGUCGAGAGGUGGUUGCAAGCUACUACAAUUAUCCAGAAGCACCUCUGAAAGCCCAGGAUGUAAUCCUGACCAGUGGCUGCAGUCAAGCCAUUGAAUUAGCUUUAGCAGUCCUGGCUAACCCUGGACAGAACAUCCUGGUGCCACGCCCUGGCUUCUCCCUCUACAAAACCUUGGCUCACUCUAUGGGAAUCGAAGUCAAGUUCUACAAUCUCUUGCCAGAAAAGUCCUGGGAAAUUGACCUGAAGCAAAUGGAAUCUCUGGUGGACAACAGAACAGCUUGCCUGAUUGUGAACAACCCAUCCAAUCCCUGUGGUUCUGUUUUCAGUAGAAGUCACCUCCAGAAGAUUCUGGCAGUGGCCUCCAGGCAGUGUGUCCCCAUUUUGGCUGAUGAGAUCUAUGCAGAAAUGGUGUUUGAAGACUGCAAAUACGAGUCCCUUGCAAAGCUCAGCACUAAUGUCCCGAUCCUGACCUGUGGAGGCCUUGCCAAGCGGUGGUUGGUGCCUGGCUGGAGGAUGGGAUGGAUUCUGAUCCAUGACCGCCGGGACAUCUUUGGAGAGGAGAUCAGGGAAGGCCUUCUGAGGCUGAGCCAAAGGAUUUUGGGGCCCUGCACAGCUGUCCAGGGAGCCCUUGGGCAUAUCUUCCACCACACAUCCCCUGAAUUUUAUCACAACACUCUCAGCUUCCUCAAGUCCAAUGCUGCCCUGUGCUAUGCUGCCCUCUCCACGGUCUGUGGACUGAAGCCGAUCCGGCCUCAGGGAGCCAUGUAUUUGAUGGUGGGGAUUGAGAUGGAACAUUUCCCAGAUUUUGAGAACGAUGUGGAGUUCACAGAGAGGCUAAUUGCGGAGCAGUCGGUCUUCUGUCUGCCUGCCACGUGUUUUGAGUACCCUAACUUCUUCCGCGUGGUGAUCACCGUGCCCGAGGAGAUGAUGGUGGAAGCUUGCCAGCGUAUCCGCUACUUCUGUGAGAAGCACUAUCAAGGGGGAGAGGGGACCCAGGAUCUGGAAUGUGACAAGUAGGCCUGAGCACGUGCACCUGAUCUUCUACUCCGUCUGCUCGGUUAGUUCCCUGAGCAGCUGACUCAGCACCAUCAUUCUUGUUCUGGACUCUGAACCGCUAGGGCCUGGCUAGAAAUAUGCUGUCAGUGACACUCCUUCCUGCCCAGCGGGCUCAAGGAACUUCAGCAGCAGCCUUGGGCAUGCUUGACAGCUUUCAGUCACCCACUGAAUGAUUUCUAGAGCCUACAGGAAGCUGUGAGAAAGAACCUGCAUGCCCGCUGGAAGCCAGAGCAGAAAAUGCCCAACUCUUCCACAGGCACAGAACAUACCCCUGUGCUACACAGACCUAAAAAAACCCUCAUGUCUCCCCCACCACAGAGUGCACCUGCAAUCUGUUUUCUUGUACACACAUUUGAAGUUCAUAAGUUAUUGUAUUUUUUGUAUGAAUAAAUGCAUGGUAAAUGUC